AUGAACUUUACAUCUAAUGAAGAAGAAAGGUUCAAAGAGAUGCUGAAGUCCAAGAAGAAGGAAGAGGUGCUGGUGGAGCUUUCAAGGGAGAUCGAAAGAAAGGAAAAGGAAAUGAUGGGAAGCAUCUCGCAAGACUACAUGGAUAUAAUCGGUAAGUGUAGCGAUUUGGAGAAGAUUAAGCAAAGGCUGGGAGGGAUUAUAAACAUAAAUAACGAGCUGGUUUCUUCUAUUUCUGAUGCUGUUAUACAAUACACAGAUGCUCUUCACGAAAUCGAGGAGAACUCUGUAAUAGAGUCGCGUCUCGACUUGGUUGUAUCUGAACUAAAGGAGAUCUUGGAGUUUAUUAGCAUUGCAUCUGAGUACGAAAGUGUUGAUAAGGACGUAAGGGACGAGCCACUGUACUAUUACAAGAUGACAAAGCGUGUUUUGCUGAUGGAGAAGAAGCUUUGCCUGCUGGAGAAGUACAGGUUUUUUGUGAAUGCAAGCCAGAUAUGCAUCAAAUCGAGGAAGGUGCUCGUGAGUCUGAUGAUGAAAGACAUUGAUUUAUGGAUUGGAAGCGCUGGCAACAAUAUUCGCCAGGCUGGGAUUGAGAUAAACAGGAUUCUUGAGGAGAGGAACAAGGAAUCGCACAUAUUUGACCCUCUUGACUCUCUACGGCACCUGUUUAUAUCGAAGACCUUCCUGUGCAUUCUCCAUGAGUCAAGAAAACUGGGAGUUGAGACAGGCAUUAUGGAGAGAGUCAACGAGAAAAGAAAAGAGCUUGGAAGGGAUGUUGUGUCUGGGGAUGAUACUAUUGUGAUUUCCGAUACUGCCGGAUUUAUUCUGUGGAGCCAUUACAUUGCGUCUCUUGACAUAGGAUUCAAGAUCCAUGACAAGUUUAUAUUUGAUCUUCUAUCCAGAAACAAGAUGCUGUUUGAAAGCCAGAACUUCCCCGAGCUAAGGAGGACGCUUGUUUCUCUCCGAAAGCUUGCGGUUCGCCUCAACAUCGACUACGAGAGCGUGGAUAGGAUUAUCAGUUCUGUGGCAAUCAACUACUUUGAAGUCCAGGGGCCCAAGGACAUAGGCAUAGAUGGAGGCGGGAUGGAGCAAUUGAAGUCCUCGAUGAUGACCUUUAUCGAUGAGUGCGACGAGUUUGUGUCCAACAUAUUUCAGUUUUCAAAUGAGCUUGAUGAGCUUCUUGCAAAGAGGAUAGACCAGCAUCUGUGCAGUCUUAUUGAUGAGACCAAGGGCGACAUGGAUACCUUCAUCGAGGCACAGUCUGUUGUUUCUGAGGUUUUGAGGCACUCUAUUGAGAAAAAUGACUUUUACAGGAGCCUUGAGUUCAGGUGUUCAUUAGAGAUAGACAAAGAGAAUAGGAGAUUCAUGGAAGAGAUUAUAAAGCAGAAGAAAAAAGAAAUUGACGAGCUGUUCAAGACUGUUGCCACGAACGACGACUUUGGUGUUGACAUUCUCAAGCUAUUUUCCAAGGUCAGAGACUUGAGGUUUCCCGAAAACAUAAAUACAACAAUAAAAAGAACUCUAGUAUGCCACAUUAGAGAUAGAUUUGCAGCCGGAAUAAAUGGAAAGGGCCUGAGUUCACAGGAGAAGAAGGUUGUCAGAGGACAUCUAUGUAGUUUCUAUGGAUAUCUCCGAAAUAACGAGCCAUCCCUUCAGGAUAUACUUGAGCCAGAUGUAAAGCGCGAGAAGCCAUAG